AGGGUGUUUUGAAUCGAACGGGACAAUCUCAACGAGAGCAUGCCAGGCUUGCUUUCAAAUAGCUCUUAAUUUCUCUGCCUUGAUUGAAUCUAAUAUCAGCGUCAUUUCCAAUGCUUCUUCUUGGAUUGAUGACGCAGCGUGCUAUUUUACACCUUCUUUUGGGAACGUCUCCAUGACAGAUAUAGAAAUAAAUGUUCCUGCUGAUUGGACUUGCGCCUCGUAUUAUAGUUUCUUCACAGGGAAGACCAAUGAAACUCUGCUACCUCCAUUUAGGUUGGAGAUCACCAGAGAGGCAGGGGCAUACGAAAUGACCUCAAUAAGAGGAGAAUAUAUUUGCCGUAAUAUUUCUCUGCAAACCUGCAAGGAAUACUUCAUGGCUGAUCCGGGACAAUUCGAAUAUACUGACGACUCUGAAGAUUCCAUACGUUUGCAAACUGACAACAGAAUAAUUGAGAACGGGGAGUUCGAGCGUAUUGAGAAUGGUUCGGUUCUAUACUGUCGUAAAGACAACGAAGGUCAAAACCAAAGCCUACCUGAAGGGCUGGACAUUAUGACUAUGGUAGGAACUAUACUGUCAAUGAUAUCUGUACUCGCUGUAAUUACCACCUAUACAGUUUUCCCCAAGCUCAGAAACAUGGCAGGAAAAUCAAUUCUCGCCCUGUCCGUUGCUCUCCUGAUGGUAUUCGUGUUAAUGUGUUUGGCAGUGAUCAGCAGCAAUAGCAAGGGCUUUUGUAAGGCAAUGUCAGCCGCAUCCCACUUCUUCUGGCUCUCAAUAUUCUUUUGGAUGAACGCGCUGGCUAUUGAUCUGAAUCGUACCUUCGGGUCCCGUGCCAAGAUCCGAGUCGGCAGCAAAUCCCAGAUAUUCUACGUCUGGUACUCUCUCUAUUCCUGGGGAACGCCAGCUUUGAUUGUUGGCGCCUGUUUGACGAUUGAUCUUUGUGAGUGCACAGACCUGAGUUUUGAGUACGGAAGAGAAGGUUUGUGUUGGCUAUCCAGUGGUGAUGCCAAUCUGUAUGGUUUUGGCGUACCUCUAGCUGCGUUGCUGUUUUUCAACAUAAUUCUUUUCAGCGACACCGUCGUUGGUAUCCGACUCACCAAAAAGGCAUCCGAGAAGGCCCUCAAAGAAAGGCCAGCUCUAGCCAGAGCAAAGGAAGAACUUUCUCUUUAUAUCAAGCUUUCUAGUGUAAUGGGCUUUACUUGGAUCUUUUGCUUCGUCUGCGAGUAUGCCAACGUUCCAGAACUCUGGUACAUCUUCACCGCAGUCAACUCUCUCCAAGGAGUUUUCGUUUUCCUUGCUUUCGGUCUAAACAAGCGUGUGAUUGGUCUGUGGAAGGAGAAGUUCGGUAUCAAAAGGAAGGAUGCAAGCUCCAGCCAAGGCGAUAGCAAAAGUACCAACACCAAGAACUCGACAAUCAACAGUACCAUGUAGCAUAUCCCUCACAGAAAACUUAUAAAUGCCCCCGGUUAAGAAGUUUUAGUGCGAUUUCCUUUUCUUUACUUGAAGAUCCAAACAAGAGAUAAAACUGAAACUGACAAAUCGAAACCCUAUACCUUGACUUCAUACCAUGUCAGGAGGGUUCUGAUUACACAUUUUUCUAAGUUUGUAAAUAGAAAAGAUGGACUAUUUUCUUGAUUUCUAGAUUACAGGUUCGAUAUUCUUUAAUUUGCAGAUGAAAAUUACAUUGGCAGUAUUUAUUAUUCAAAAUUAUAAUUACUUACAUUUUGAAGUUAGGUAUCAUGCUAAAUUAAAAAUUCUACUUCAAGUUUAUUGCUCAAAUCGUGAUCAGAGUAAAGUCAUAUCGGCCUCAAGACGCAGCCGAUGAUGACGUUAUAACGAUUCGAAAUCGAAAUUAACAUUUUUCGUCCCAUGGAGGCGUAAUUGACUGGAAUUUCGAUAUUUAGUUAUUUUGAACGGCAGAUGCAAACUGGACACACGUCCUUUGCUCGGCAAACACUAAAGAACCGUAAUUAUGAUGAUAUAGUUUGUACAUGGUAAUAUAGCUCAGUUCAUUCUAAGUAAAAAUUAUCUGUAAUGAUUAAAAUUUUGAUCCAAAUCAAGCCUUGACCUUACAUAUCAGUGGCAGAUCUAAAAAAGAACGCCAGUAGCGAAGAAACGGAGCAACCGGGAUGAGGUUAUUUAUUGAGUUCUGAACUUAAAAAAAUGUAAAUGAACAUGAAAAAGUAAAUUAUUUCAAGUCAGAAAUCGUUUUGACUUCGAGAUCGGAAUAGUUUGAGGCCUUGUGAGCCCCGACAGUAAAUGAUAUACAUAUGUGUACAU